AUGUUUCUCUCCGUUCUGCUCAGGCUUUUGGGGCUGGCAACAUGCUCCGUCUCUGUUCGUGCUCAAAGAGCUGGAUCUUUCGAACAAGUGGGAGACACGCUUGUCAGUGCUAUGAUGAUGUUUCUGGGAAACGAGGGCAAGGUCUACAUUCUAGAUAAAACCGAGGGGAACGAAGCACAAGUGAACGGCCACCCUGCCUGGGCAUCGGUUUGGGAUGUAGCCUCCCGGACAGCGACUGUCAUGGACGUUGAGACCAACCCCUUCUGUGCUGCAGGCAUGCACCUUCCAAACGGUUCUUUCGCAACCUUUGGAGGGAACGGCGCUAUCACUGUCGGCGGCAACAUCGGUUCGAGCCUCAACCCUGAUGGCGUCAGUGCAAGUUUCGACUCAACCUAUCAAGACUUCGAUGGCACCAAAGCCAUCCGUAUCAUCACACCCUGCACCGGCGAUGUAUCGGAAGAUCCGUCCUGUAGCUGGUACGAUUCUCCUAACGGUCUGCAGAUGGAAAAACAGAGAUGGUAUCCAGGUUGUGAGGCACUCGCAGACGGGAGUGUGGUGCUCAUCGGUGGAUUCGUCAAUGGAGGGUACAUCAAUCGAAAUGUUCCCAAUACGGAUCCGUUAACGGAAGGAUUGGCUGCAGAGCCGACAUUCGAGUUUUACCCAGCGAAUGGCAGGACCGCGGAGGUGAUGCAGUUCAUGGUCACGACAAGUGGGUUGAACGCGUAUGCACAUACCUAUCUUAUGCCUUCGGGCAAGAUACUGGUCCAGGCAAAUUGGUCCACAAUUUUAUGGGACUACACACAAAACAUCGAGACACCCUUGCCCGACAUGCCAGGACAUGUUGUUCGCGUGUAUCCCGCCUCUGGGCCUGUUUCCAUGCUCCCUCUCACCCCCGCGAAUAACUGGAAUCCUACGGUUUUGUUCUGCGGAGGCUCUGACAUGCCAGAAGAGGAUUGGGGUAAUUAUAGUUUCCCGAGUGUCAAUACCUGGGAGAUUCCUGCCUCCGCGGACUGCCAGCGGCUUACGCCAGAACCUCUCGACGGCUCCACGCCAGAAUACGAACAAGAUGAUGACAUGCCUGUUGGUCGCACUAUGGGCCAAUUCAUUGCUCUCCCAGAUGGAACACUUCUUGUCGUCAAUGGCGGUCAGAACGGCACCGCAGGGUACGCCGCACAAACCGGCCAAACCGCCUCCUUCAGCGACAUGCCCUUUGGUAUGUCCCUUGCGUCCAGUCUCGUAGGCCAACCAGCCCUAUACAAUCCAGAUGCACCUAAGGGCAGUCGCUGGUCUACCUUAGGUUUCGACUCAUCUUCCAUCGCCCGUUUAUAUCACUCUUCCGCUCUCCUCCUGGCCGAUGGAUCCGUCUUUAUCGCAGGGUCCAAUCCCAACGUCGAUGUCAACACCAGUACCGUCUUUCCUACCACUUACACCGCAGAGAUUUUCUAUCCACCGUACUUCAGCGCUUCCACCCGUCCCUUAACUCAGGGUGUCCCAUCGGUGCUCUCCUACGGAGGGGAUUUCUUCGAUAUCACCGUCACCCCGUCAUCCUACUCUGGCCCUGCAAAUGACGCGGCGGCGAAUACUUCCAUCUGGCUCAUGCGUCCGGGAUUUACGACCCAUGCGAUGAACAUGGGACAGCGCGCUAUGCAACUCAACAAUACCUACUCGGUCGCAUCAGACGGCUCUAUCACUUAUCAUGUCUCCCAGCUCCCGCCAAACCCGAAUCUGUUCCAGCCGGGACCGGCGCUUCUCUUCGUCACCGUCAAUGGCAUCCCCAGUAAUGGAACACUGGUGAGAGUUGGGAGUGGGAAUGUCGAGAUGCAGCCGACAUUCGAUGUCUCUGAGUUGCCUGCGAGCCAAACUGCCGCGAUAGAGUCUACAGGGUCGGGCAAUGGAAGCAACGGUACUGAUAUGGCUGGAAAGAGCGGCGCAGGAAGCUUGACAACGUCGAUCAUUGGGAAGGGGAAGCUUGUUGGGGUUUACGGUGCCGUGACGUUAGUGAGUAUUGCAUCUGGCAUUUGGUGCUGGUGA